AUGAAGACUAAACUGUUUAAUUUAAUACAAAACUUUGCAAAACAAACCACUAUUCAUGGUUUGCACAUUAUCGGAAUUCCAAAAUUGCAUUUCUUAGAACGGAUAUUUUGGGUUGUGGUCGUAGCAAUGGCAGCCGGUGGAGCCAUUGCUAUCACAUAUUCAAACUGGAUGCGUUAUUUGGCAAAUCCGACAGUAGUUUCAAUUCAGAAAGAUUUCAGAAAUUGGCUUAAUCCAUUUCCUGCUGUUACAGGAUGUUUUGUCGAUAAAACCGACAAGAAAAAAGCUAAUCAAUACAUACAAGACCACAAUAAAACUUCAGUUGUGACUCAACGAAUUUUAAGAUGCCACUAUUUGAACGGUUUGUGCUACGCUCGAUACGACUCGGAUCCUGACCUUCCUAUAAAAUAUUACACACAUUCGUAUUUGGAAGUAGCCCAUGCCACCAUUGACCCGCCUCUCGUAGUCCACGAAAGCGAAGAACUCGAAAUUAAUUACAGAAUGCAAGAAACUGAAUCUUCUCUAGCUCUCCAUGACCUCUCACCUUCGCAACGAAGAUGCCGCUUUUACAAUGAACCUAUUUCUGAUGAGUUGCCAGUUUACAGCAGCAGCUUAUGUUACAUGGAAUGUCGCUAUAAACUUGCCUUAAAAUUGUGUGGUUGUCGACCGAUUUUUUAUCACAAUUUCGGUGGUAAAGAAUGCGAUAUGAAAGGUCUCCUCUGUUUGGCCCAACAUUCUGAUUAUAUCACCAGACGUCCGAGCCAAAUUGGCUGCAAUUGUCCGCAACCGUGCAAUAUUAUAAUUUAUUUUCCUCAAGUUCCCAAAUUUACCAAAUGGGAAUACGGAUAUUUUGAACAAAGAAUGACGUUUAGGUGGGCCCUUUUAGCCCCUACUACAAAGUUUCAUCGAGACGUUCUUUUUGGUUUUGAAGAUUUAGUUGUCUCUUUUGGUGGCACAUUGGCUUUAUUUUUAGGAAUCAGCUUUAUUAUAUUUGAAUUUUUCAUAAACUUAAUUGGACGUAAAUCAUUACUUCGUAUUUCAUUAUCCUGUGGGUGGUUAAGGAACUGCGUAAAACAGGAAGAGAAUGAUGAAGUUUCAUUACAAUUGAGUACUCUCAACGACCCAGAACUAGAUUUCUGA